AAGAGGCUAAACUGCAAUUUAGAAGGAAUAUUCCUCCGGUAUCUCGAAGCCUUUAGACGCUUUAGAUAUCGAAUCGAAUUAAUUAAUUCUUAAAGUAUCUGCAAUGAAGAUUCAAGCUGAAUUGUGCGACAAAAUUCGAAGAGUAAUCGAAGAGAAAUAUCCGAACUUUUCAGCAUGGACUGUUUUCAAAAAUGGAACUGCCGUGUUAGUAAACGAUGCAACGACCAAGGAAGCUGUUAUUGAGAAAGCAACAGAUAAAAUGCGAGUGUUUGGGCCGGUCUAUCCUGGAAGUUCCGCGGGCGAUUUCUCUGUAGAAACGACGCAAGAGGGAUAUAUUGUCUUGGGACAUUGCCCGGAAAUGUUUACGUAUAUGGCUAACGAAAUGGAUUCAGAACAAGGUGAGAUGAUUAUUGGGUUGAUUGGACGGUCAAGAAGAGAUGCUGAUGGCAAAAACCCUCAAAUUAUUCAUGUGGAAUUAAGAAGCACAGUCCAAUGAAGGCCAAGGAGAUUUUCAAAACAAUUCCACUCCCAAUAAUGGCAGUGUAGACUAAGCACAAAAGCGAAUACUAUAGGAUCGAUUGAAUAAUGCCAAAGGUAUCGAUAAUGUGGACACUGCAAUGAUUUAAAAAACUUUAUAUCGAAAUCGGCACCUAUUGCUUAUACUUUAAAAAUAGAUAGACAGAUCAUUUUAUUAGCCGUUUAUACAGAUUUGUACAUCACUAAUUACAAAAACUAUGAUGUUGUACCGGUCACUAGACUUCUCUGCUUUUAAAGCAAUCAUGGAUGAAUUUGGCCUCCUAUUUGUCUAGGUUGCUCAACCAAUUGCUGCCUCUGCAAAUCACGACCCCCACCCCCCCCACCCCCACCCCGAACCCACACACACCCCAGCGAGAGUGCAAGAGUGCGUGAAGCAAUUGUCGUUGAUUUGGGCAGACUUUAUAUAAAGCACGGCGCCUACCUAUUGCUGCCCUAAAGUUACUCGCUGAUAAAUAAAAAAUGAGGACAAAAAACGGCUGAGAGACGAUCAAGAUACCAGACGAUAUCGACCAUCACUUUAUAGCAAAAAUAACUACCUUCUGUUUUGGUUUGACAUCUGACAUGUAAUAAACUCCUAAGUUAGAAUUAUAACUUGUGUAUGCAAUAUAUAUAUAUAUCUACUUAGUACUCAAUACACCAAAAACUGGUAUUCGACUCUGCCAAUUUUUUGUCUUUAAUAACACUUCUUCAGGGCAGACUCAGAAGACUUCUUCAGGGCAGACUCUAGUCUUAUUAAGGACGAAAAUUUGGCAGAGUCGAAUACCAGUUUUUUGGUGCAUUUAUUCUUCUGGUUUAUGAUCACGACUUUUUGGUGCAGCUAUUUUCACAUUAUAUGACAAAUAUUUUCGGGUACCAUGUUAGGUCUCCAGGCGACAGAGAGGUAAAGUACACAUUAAUAACGUAAUCUCCUUGAACUCGCCGUGCUAAUGAGUUACAAUACGUCCCCACCCCACCCCAGCCGUUAUCAUAAUAUGUACCCAUACCGCUGAAUUAUUGUAAAUAAAUUACGCCAUUAUAAGAGAAACGGAGCGACAUUCUUAAAAAAAAGGACAGACAACCGUUUGCAUUUUUUUGGGUGAAUACAUGAGAAGAAAUUCGGUAUUUUACGUCCUUGCAGCUGCUAGAAAAUGCGUUGUUCUUUAAAACAGGUUGAGAAAAUACUUGAUCAAUAAUGCAUGAAGACCUAUUUGCAUGUCGGCUGUUUCACAAGUCUAACUAGCCCUGUUCACUCGCCGUGCUACAGUAAGUCCUGCUUGAUAGUAGUCGUUGAGCACAUAACGACACGUCUCUUUUAGACUCGACAAGAUAAGUGCGGAUGCAAUAAGAGAUCUCCCUCCAGGUUCGAAGGCAUAGGUUUUUAGUUGCUAUGAUGUUUGUUUUUUGAAAGUCGAAAAACGGGAACUUCCUGCUGACAGAAGCUUAACAACCUUGGAGAAGAAGUUUAUUUUGCAGAUAGAAACCCUCCAAGGCAGCCGAGUUCACAAUCAGAGGCCUCGUUGUGUCUUCCAAGACCGGUGUUCUGGGUCAUCGAAAUUCACGCGGUAAAAAAGAAAAUAUUAUCCGGAUAUGACAACUUUAAGCUGCAGUAUUCCACCAUAAAGACAUCUUCAUUAUACCAGGGACGAAUACGGCAACGAAAGCUUAGAGAGCAUGGCAAAUCAUCGCAACUCAAAUCGAGAUUUCUUCCUUUGCCGUAAUUGCCGGAACCGGAUUAUUUUACGAGAAUAUCCAUAAUUGUGCGCUCGGGCAGUUUGCUACAAGCAAGUCGCCUGGUUUACUAUGUACAAAAACCAUGAUAGACGACGACUAUGCCCUUGGAAAGUAUUCCGGUUUUAUCGGCGCCAAGUCAAGACUAGGUUGUUGUGUAGCGUUUUGAUGUGUUUGUGUACAUUGUUGUCAUGCGGGGUGCUGAUUCUUACGGUGAAUCUAUCUUCUAAUGGGAGACAUUCUCACCCUCAAAGACCUUUACUGGAAAAUAGCUAUCGCUUUCAGGGCAUUUAUCAUCACCGAACACUUCUUAACGCAUCGGACACGACGUCCGAACGCUCGGCUGAAUAUCCCGAAGAUGAAUUUACAUUGGAGCAAAAACAACAGGGUGCUGUAAUUUGCCAUAUUAUAGGCAUGUGUUACAUGUUUCUAGCUUUGGCGAUUGCUUGCGAUGAAUUUUUCGUACCAUCUCUGACGGUAAUCAUCGAAAAAUUGGAGUUAAAAGAAGAUGUUGCAGGGGCAACGUUCAUGGCGGCCGGGGGCAGUGCACCCGAACUCUUUACAUCAUUUAUCGGUACCUUUAUUGACCCCAAAUCGAAUGUCGGGAUCGGAACGAUUGUUGGUUCGGCUGUGUUCAACGUUCUAUUUGUUAUUGGAAUGUGUGCGAUGUUUUCUAAAGGAGUUCUCGAGCUAACAUGGUGGCCAUUAUUUAGAGACUGUAUUUUCUACAGCCUGGCAUUAAUAAUCCUCAUCAUUUUUUUUCUUUCUGGAGAUGUAAUAGUUUGGUGGGAAUCAUUAGUUUUGUUGUUAUGCUACUUCGCCUAUGUUAUUUUCAUGAAAUACAAUCAUAACGUUGAGCGUCGGAUCAAAGGACUUUUUGGAUCAAAUAAAGUGAGCUCGAUGGAUAUGAGCAGCGCUGAAGCCAUAAAUCCCGGUGUAAACAGAACGGACUUAUAUCUAGAGAAAGCUUUGGAGUACCUGGGCUCAGCUUCAAAACAGACCACUGAAAUGCCUUGCUUCAACUUUGUGGCUCUACAGCUUGUGGUCCAAACAAUAGAUCCUAUCGGAGAUGCAUCUAUUGCAGCUAAAGCAACCAGAUUAAAACAGUUGUCUUCUGCUAAGCAACCAGCCACAGAAAGUCAAGACAGACAACUAUAUACAUACUCAAAUUAUGACUUGUCUAAUGGCACCCGGGACCUAGAGUCUGCGGGGUACCCUAGAGCAGUAUCUUCUGUCCAAGUUUAUGGCGAAGAAAACCACAAUUCUCCUUCGCCGAUACCUGGUGCAUGUCAGGAAAAAUGUAGGGCUAACGAGGAGAGCAUGUCAAAACGCAGCAGGGAGUCUAAAGUUGAGCUGUGCGGCGUGUCUGAAGAAACAGAAGAGGAACUUCUUGAGGAAGAUGAACAGCCUAUUGACCUAAGCUGGCCUGAGAGUGGAAGAGACCGUGUGUUCUAUGUGAUCAAGGCCCCUCUUAUGUUUCUUAUGUAUUAUACUAUGGUGGACGUCAGAAGACCGGAGAGGCGCCACCUCUACCCUAUCACUUUUCUUAUGUCCAUAUUCUGGAUUGCUUUCUUCUCCUACUUCAUGGUUUGGUGGGCCACAGAGGUCGGCUACACAUUUGACAUCCCGACAGAGGUGAUGGGACUGACAUUCCUGGCUGCAGGCACCAGUGUGCCAGAUCUAAUCACCAGUGUCCUGGUUGCCAGGAAGGGGUUCGGGGACAUGGCAGUAUCAAGUUCCAUUGGUAGCAAUCUCUUUGACAUAACUGUUGGGCUACCUCUUCCCUGGCUCUGCUACAGUGCUGUCAAUCUUGGGCUGGCAGUGAAUGUGAGUAGCCGUGGAAUUCUCUACUCCGUCAUCAUGCUCUUCUGCAUGCUGAUAGCCGUAGUCGUCUCCAUCGCUGCUUCCAGAUGGCGCAUGUCCAAGUCCCUCGGAGCUUGCAUGUUUGUUUUUUAUAUCAUCUUCCUCGUCUUGGCCGUCCUGCUUGCCCUCGGCAAGAUAUGACGUCACCUAGCACACCACGAUGACGUCAUCAAAUAUAUGGGAGUACAUCUCAGCCAGGAGGGACUUGGUUUUGUUUACGACGUCAAAAUAUGAGAUGUGACGUCAUCAGCGAGUUAAUAGGUAACUACAGGUUAUGUGACGUCACAAUGUAUAUGUCUAACCAGUCGCGUCAUUUUUAAUUGUAAUUAUUCAAUUGUGGAUACACGUGACCACUAAAGAGCACCCAACGAAUAGAAUCAUAAAUUUAAAACAGAAUCAUCAUCAUAUCAUCAUCAUUUUUUCGAAAGUUAGAUAUUAAGGACAAAUAUAACUAUUAGAAAAAUGUGCCUCAUAUUUUCACACAGGAUGUGCACCUGAAGAUUUCUCGCGAAAACCUUUUAAAAGACAAGCUGUUUUCUUUAGAGAUAUAGGAGACGUUUCGACCUACACAAUGAAAAUUCGAUGCUUUGUAUUCGCGAGAAAGCAAAUGUUAGUAAGAACUGUUGUUUUGCCCUAUUUCGGAUGCUCUUACCUAUUAUCGGACAAGCUUGCCCUAUUAUCGGACAUUUUAUUUUUAGUUGUCGGAUGCAAUCUAAAGGUGUCUUCUGACUUGUUGCCCAAACCGCAAUUCAGCUAACUUUCCGUGAAAGCGGAUUUAGUAGAAAAUUUGGUCGUUGGGUGCUCUUUUUGUACCUUGAGCAAGAUGUCAUUGAACACAUGGCUCUCGUGUGUAUCCAAUGUUGUUCACUGGUCCUAUGGCAUAUUGGGUAACCCAGCUCUCUUUUAUCGUACUUUUUUACGCAUGCGCAAAGGUCUCUGUGUUUAGUUGUAAAUAAUUUUGAAUAAUUAUUUAUUUCCUUUACUGUUGUGUAUAGUUUUUAGUCAUAGUCGUAUUUACCAUCAACAGUAUAGACAUGGUAAUGCGAUAAUCACGAAAUAGCAUGAGAUGAUAUCUUUUUCGAUAUAAUUUGGCAGAAUUUAACUCAUAUUUAUUUUACCAUAUCUACAUAAAAAGUAUGGAACUUAAUCAUGAUGAUUUUUUGGAUCCGUGUCUCUGAUUUCACAAAAAAAAACAUGGCCAAUGGUAGUCUUGUGUAUGUUUUUAAUGAACGGUUUUAUUUGUGUGAUUCUUAUCAGAUACUUAUACAAAAAAUCGGUGUAUAAAUUAUUAUUAUUUGACAAAAGAUGAUUUAACUGAUCAUGAUUAACUGAUCAUGAUGAAUUUAUUUAUUAGACUAACGUGAUUAUUUGAGCCUACAAAAUCGGUUUUAUACAAAAAAAAAAAUGGAAUCACAGUUGUAAGCAGAACAAUAAAAGCUGUAAGUUUUUGCGCACCGCGCUUUUUGCCUUAAAAGGCUCCAGGCCAUCUCGGCCGUACUGCUCCGUUUGGCCGCGGCGGCCUGGCUCUCGUAGGAUAAGUUGGCGUAUGUCCACUGGUGCCAUGUUUGACACCCUGAAGUUUAUUAUUCAGCAGUAAAUCUGUUCCAGCGGCGUAGGCAGAAUUUUUAACAGAAGGGGGACCAAAAGACCCUCUCAAAACAUUUUUCCUGUAUUUUAGAUAAGGUCUCAUACAUUUUUUGCUGCUAGAAGGGGCCCCCUGUGUUCAAUAGAGAUGCGCGAAAAAGCAUUUCUAAAAGCAAUUCUAUAGCUGUUGGAAAUCGUCAGCGGGGGAGUUGGCCCAUGCCAUGCUUCCCGUUAAGCGGCAAUCGCACUAGGUUACCGUAAGAAUAUUCGAUGAUUCUUAACGGAAAACGCGAAUAAAUAUUUCAAAAUUAUAAAAUCAGUGUGUCUUUUGAAAGUUUCUUUGAGCAUGUGACUGAUAAUUUAGGGCGAAUGGCCUGUUAAAUAGCGCAGAUUCUAAAAAAUUAUUUUGUCUUUUAACGGUUGGGGUUUCCGUCGGCCCGCCGGAAGUAAACUGGUGACAAUGCUGCUUUAAGCUCAAGCUAUUUAUGUCCAAUAAGGUAGACCGUGUCACCAGGGUAGUAGCGAGGUAUUAUCGGAUCAACUAUGUCUCUGGGAUCAUUUUCUCGGGAUCAGGGAUUAUUUGCCUAAAAUGUACCCGAUCCCAAGUUUUCUGUGAGAUCCGGGAUCACGAUUUCACCCAAUUUAAGGAUCAGUAUCAUUUUUUUAGCCCCGGGAUCGGUAUCACUUGCAAAAAAUACCUUGUUACUACCCUGCGUAAAAUGUGUGUUUUCUGCUAAGGCUCCUGUACAACAGAGUACAAUGGCAAAUAUACGAUCUAUUCAAAGGGUUUAUUUUAUGAAAACUAUACCAAAGUUCUUGACACAGCCCUCAAUUAUCAAGUAUUCAAUCAACUUUGUGCUUAAAAAGGGUUGUUCCAUUGAUCAAACGAAAUCACACCUACAUCCGCCAUGAUGCACUUUGUAGAAUAAAAGUAUUUUACACGGAAAAAAUCGUGUUGAAAAGCUCUAAAAUGAAAAGGUGUUUUAUCGCUACCCUUUAUAGCCACGAUCAGAAUCUUUUUAAAAUAUGAUUCUUUUUUAAAAGCUUUGUUAUAGCCUUAUUAACUCUGCUUAGUUAUUUCGAUAUUUCUUGACAAAAUUGGUCAGACAAUAUUUAAUGAGGACUAUAACAAAGUUGUGGCUGUCAAGGGCUCUUUGAAAACAACUUGCAUAUCUUGAUUGCAUUUGCUCAUUUUACAAAAGCCGUUGUUAGAUUGGUUUCCAUAGAUCCAUAGGAAAAAGUAGUGUGAUAGUCCAAGUGUAGUAGAGUGAGGCUGUUGAACAAGUCUUUAGCCAAAUAUGCAUUGUUGACUCGAAGGUAUUAUUUAUUGUAUUAAAUGUAGAUAGUUUAUGAACAAGUAAUAUUUUAUUAAGCACAAGAAAUGCAAAGACCGACGAAACAUAAAUAAAAUGGUAAUUAUUAAGACCUUACACUCUCAAUGAGAUAAGCUAGUAUUUUCUCCUUACAGUAUUGAGAAUAAAUCAAGUCAUUAGGUGAUGAGAAUUUUAAAUAUAACAUUGAACUGAUUGUUUAUGAUAUUCUCUUCACCGUAUUGACAAGGGAGAACGCAAUAUUGUAAGGAGAAUUUGUAUAUACUUAACAAAUGGGAGUUAAUUCAAAGAUGCUUUCUCUGUCUUUGUGCUCGAAGUCUUUCAAAAGUCAUUGAAUAAAUUGAACUCAGCACUCAUCAA